AUGAAUGAAAAUGAGUCUGGCAGGCAUCGCUGCGUCAAGCAUUGCUGCCUUUCUUAUGGCACCGAUGCGUUUGUGCGUUUGCCUCCUCGUGUCAGACCGAGGAGCGUGAGAGUUGAAAAACUGUCUCGAGGCCCAAAGAGUGCAGGGCAAGUGAUUCGCUGGACAUGUUCUGUGGCGUCAACAGCGGAGGUGGGACAUGUUGGCGGAUCAGGUCCUGCCAGUGUUGAGCUGGCGCUCGGCGGUGGCCAGAUCGACGGCUUCUGCUUCGGCCAGUUCGAUGGCCAGUUGGGCUGUCUGCACCAGCAGCGGACGGAGUUGGUCCGUCUGGCUGGCCAACAGACUGUUCACGUCGACGAGGCAGUAGGCAAGCAACAGCAGAACCAGACUGAGGCCCAACGGCGCCAGGAAGACGAGGAGGAUGAGGCGAGUCCGCGAGAAGAUGGGCGUGUUGGCGAGGCGGUCUGCCAAGGCGGAGCCGAACAGACGACGCACCAACUGUCCUCAACAUUGCAAAGGCGAAGCGAGGGAAGUGGAGGGGAAUGGGGAGGAGUGGAAGGAAAUUGA